AUGCUGUCCAAGAUCAAGCGCUUUAGCGACGUGUACCACGACACGCUCAGCCCGAGGGGCGAGUGGCCGCAGAUCUGCAUCGGUGGCAUCUGCGGACUCCUCUCGUGGCCGCUGCCAGACCACCAAGCGCGACACCUGCUAGCGCUGGCUGGCGACAAUGGUGUCGUUCCCGCCGACAAGCUUUGUAUCCUCAACGAUGCGGCGUGGUCCAAAUUUCUCGUCCGCGAUCAAUUCGAGGUCCUCCGCAACAAGAUCGGUGGCUGGUCAAACGCAUGGCACACGCGCGCUGUUUUCUCACACCUCGUGGUGGACGACGUCGGGUCAGCCGCGGCGCUUCAGGCUCCUCGCUCGGACAACAAUUUUGGCUCGCUCCUCAUCGAACUGCCGUCAGCGUAUGGAGGUGGCGACCUGUCGUAUCCGCACAGCGCCGACCAGAAGCGUCAGAAGGCCGUGGCGCCUGAGGCAGCGCGCAUCACUGUGACGCUUUUCGACACAAAGCUCUCGUCGGCCCCCAUCACGAGCGUUGUCCUCGUCUACAGCCUCGUGAUCAGGCGCCCAGUCGCUCGCCCGACGCAGGAAGCGGCGAUCGCGGCGCUUUCUCGACUCGCACAAGCCUCGCCACUCGAAUACAUUGCGUGCAUCCAAGACGAGACGCUAGGCAACGAGCUCUCGUUCGCCGCGCUCGACGCGAUCGACACGACGCUGGUGGACGUGCUUGUCGCUACGGGGGUGUUUGACGUCGCACUCGUCUCCUUUCAAAGGCGGUUCCUGUCCGAGCCGCAGGUCGAUAGUAUGGACAGCGACGUGGUCUCGCCGACUCUGCCUCCGUUCGAAAACCGCGUCGACCGCUUCGUUUUGCACCCGGCGUGUGCGCUACAUGCUGAUGGCCUCAUAGGCUUGAACGCGGACGCCUUUCCCGCACGGCACCGCAUGUACCACCGCGAUGACUACCCGUGUCCCGCCAAAGCGGUUCUCUUCUGGCCCAAGCACUGUCGCGUGUUCCUCCUCGGCUUCAACACAGUUCUUUCGCUGCUCCAAGCCACCGUCGACGACCAGACCGACGCCGACAUGGUCGGUUGCGCCACCGCCCGCGACCUGGUGGCGCUCAUUCUCCCGCUCUUUGAGCUCCAUCGGCAAGAGCGUCACACAACAACGUCCAAGGCGACGUCUGAUGCUCGCUACGCAAGUAUAUUUGGUCGUCUUUUGCUCCAGAUCCACGCCAUGGACCUCGUCACACGCUUCGUCCGCGACGUCAUCGUGGUCUCGUCCGUCACGACGAUCACCGACGUGGCGACAUAUGUCCAUGCGUGCUUGCUUCAGUGUGGCUGGUCCGUGCUGCAAAUGGCCUUUUCUGGUCUUCUCGCGCGCUGGCGCGUUUCAGACGCGAUGCAGCUGCUCUCGAGCCUCGCGGGUGUCGCGCUCGACCCGGUCUGCCCGCCGCUUGCCCAGCCCUUUGCUCGCGAGUUUCUCAAAGCCAGCUGGCACGCUCUCUUGCCGCGCCUCAAGAGCAGCGAGCCAACGAACACAAUCGAGUUUGCAUCAAAUUGCAUCCUCCUCGACUGGUACGUGGACGAGCACGCGCCGAAUCUACCUUCCGGCAAGUGGCUCAGCGCUCGCUUGCCGCCGGCCAUGAUUGUGGCCGUUGACGCGUUCUGCUACCCGCGCCACCGGCACAUUGACGCUGCUUGA